AUGUAUUCCCCUAUUUUUUACUUUUUUCUUUUUGUUUUAUUCUUACGAUGUUCAAUAGCAAAUACUUCAUUUGAACCUCAAGUUCGAAAUUAUCAUAGUUCAGUAUAUAUUGAGAAUAAGCUUUAUAUAUUGGGAGGAUAUAACGGUGGUCCCUUAAAUAGCUUGCUUUAUUUAGAUUUAUCUAUUUCAUUCAAUAAAGAUCAUCCACCAUGGUUUUGUCUUGGUUAUCAUGGAAUACCGUUUGGAGUUUUCAAAGCAGCCGCAAGUUUUGGUGGAAUUGAUAAUUCAACAAUUUUUUUAAUUGGUGGAGAAAGAAGUGAAAAAGAAAUUAAUUAUGUUUAUUCAUUUAAUACUAAAUCUUUUACUUGGAACGACUCAUUAAUAAAUGAUGAUAAUACCCCCAAGUGGCAUGUAGACAUACAAGGGGUUACUGAUCGUAAUGGCAAAAUAUAUAUUUAUGGUGGAUGGUUAUCUGGAAUUCGUUCCAAUGAAUUAUCCAUUUUAGAUACUCGAAGAUUAUCAUGGAAAACAGGUCCUUCUCCUGAUUCACAAAGUGGUCGUUAUGGGCAUACUAUUACAUUGCUAUCUAAUGGAAUUAUUGUUAUCAUUGGAGGAUAUGUUGAUGGUGGAGGUGGACUUCAUGAGAUUUUGCUUUAUGAUAUCAAUGAAAGAAAAUGGAGUUCUAUGAUCACACAAGGAAUAAAACUUUCAUAUCGUAUUUAUCAUACAGCAAUAUUAACAAAUGAUAACAGAAUAAUAGUUUAUGGUGGAACUAAAAAUCCUCUUGACCCUGAUUUAGUCGUUUUAGAUACCAAUUUUCAACCUUUUAAAUGGUCAACUCUAGAAGUUAAUGCGAUUAAUAGCCCUCCAUCAUUAUUUGGUCAUACUGCUAAUCUUGUUGGAGAUUAUAUGAUUUUAGCAUUUGUUCCUGAACCCCCUGAAGUUCCUAAACCACCAGUUAAAUCUAACAGAUACUUUAUGUCAAAAGGAAUGAUUUUUCAAUUAUUUUGUGAAAGUGCACCAUUUACAUUUCAUUUGUAUUUGUCUUCAAUCUAA